AUGGCGGAAGAGAGUGACAUAAAAAAAUAUGACAUCAUCGUCGAUCUUGACGAUGCUGGCGACCAUGGUGGCAACGACUAUGACGAUGAUGAUGAGGAAGAUGAUGGUGGCGAUGAUGAAGACGACGACGAUGACGUCACUGUGCUUACUGUGGAUGGGCUCGUGGCUGGGGUGAAAUCGAUGGAGAUGUCUUUAAUGACGUUCAUGGCGCUCGAUGUGAUUGUUAAAGAGGAGGAGGAGGAAGAAGUAGAAGAUGAUGAUGAUGAUGAUGUAGCCCAUGCAGCAAUCGACUUGAAAGAAUCUUACAUUGGAUGCUAUCGAAACAUCAGCUCAACGAAGACAGUUGCAUCAGUUGGCUCAGUGGAUGAAUGUUCACAGGAGUGCACAGAUGAAAAUAACAGUAUGAUAGCUUUGAAGGAUGGAGAAGAAUGCAACUGUAUUGAAAGGUUAGAUUCAGUAGUGGCUUCAUCCCAGUGUGAUGUUAUCUGUGACAAUGAUGAUGCUUGUGGUGGAAGUGAUUCGUAUUCCGUCUACAAAAGCAAGCCACGAGUCAUGCAUGACGCCUUUUUGAGUGUGGAUAAUCAUCAACCUGAGGAUAUCGUGAUGAUCUUACCAGCUUUUUCCACUCUCGAGAUGUGCGCACAUUUUUGCUUUGAAACGAAUCACACAUUCUUUCAAACAAUCAAAAAUGGUAGCUGCAGUUGUUUCCAAGAGCAUCAAGUAACUCUAGGUUACGUGCAAGAACAGAUAUGUGAAAAAUGCACAUAUGAUUUGAACGAAGUUUGCGAGUGUUAUCAUAAAAACUACCAAGACAAGACCACAAUAUUUUCAACACGCUCCCAAUACGACUUCCAACGAGGAGUAUCGACUUAUUCUCACUGCAGGAACAGAAACAACGGAAGUUACGAAAUAACAGAAAAAUGUCCUGAAGGAUGCGAUCCGGGAUGGAGAGGUGAUUCAUGCAGAGAAAGAGAUUGCUCAUCUGGUGGAGGAGGUUGUCCCAAUGGAAUGGGAUGCAUUGAGUCCAUGGUGAAUGAUGACGAUUACGUUGAAUGCGUCUGUCCCCCUGGUAAGGUCAGAAACAAGUGGUACCAAUGUGAGGUUUAUAGGAAAAAUAUAGCUCUUCAUAAACCUCCAUAUUACAGUUCGAUUUGGCCUCUAGAAACAAGCCACGGUCUGUUUUUAAUAAGCCCAGUAUACCUAACUGACGGCAUACACAAUGGAUAUUUUAUAUCCCACAUCUUUGAUUCUAUGCCAGCUUGGAUGGCUGUCGACCUACUCAAUUUAUACUGCGUUGGUUUCAUUAGAGCCUAUGGAAGACUUAAUGCAGUUUUGCAUAUUGUAGGUCGUAUGGACAGGUUUGUCGUUAGACUCAACGAAACAUUAGACACAACUUCCAAAAACGACCUAAGAACUCAAACUAACUUGUGCGGAUAUGGACCAGAAAAAGCGAUACAAAGUGGAAACCCCAUGGUUGUUUUAUGUGAAGACUUCACCAUCUUUUCACAAUUUGUCAUCAUCCAACAAUCGGAUGAAAGACUGCAUGAAGGUGUUACCUCACUGGCAGAAUUGGAAGUGUUUGAAGCCGGAUGCGAUCUUUUAAACGGAAGAUGCAAAAAUCAAACCUGUGUGGAAGUGAAAAACGGAGAUAGAAGGGUCAUUUCCUGUGUUGAAGUUUAUUCUACCACUACUGCAAAUACAAACUUUUCUGCAACAGCUGCAAAUAGAAACUUUUUUGCAACAGCAAAUGCGUCUGCAUAUAUAACUUAUUCCACCUCCAGUGAACUGUUUAAAAUCGAGUUAAAUAAUUUGUGGUUUUUAUUGGUUUUGUUAGUUUUGCCAGUUAUUUUUGCAAUUUCGUUUUUCAAUAAAAAAAAAAAGGUAGCUGACAAAGCAGGUGAAUUAUCAUCAAAAUAUUCCGGCAAUAAUGAUUUAGAAUCAGCAACUGAUUAA